GAAGAAUUGUCUAACCGUAAAUAAUUUAAAAUAUAACCUACCAAAUAUUGUAAACACAUGAAAAUAAAUACAGAAUGAAAACGUUUGAAAUUGUUGCUGGUACAUACGAAGAGUUUUUGGUGGGGUAUGAGUUUUUUGAAAAAGAAGCACAGCUAGUUCAAAGCUUUGCUUCUCAUGAUCACAGUGCUAGUAUACGUACCUUAGCCAGGUGUGACCACUAUGUAGCUUCAGGAGGUGCAGAUGAUCGUAUAAUUAUAUAUGACUUUAGAUUGCGAAAAGAACAUUGUAUGUUAUCACAUCAUAGUUCUACAAUCACAUGUUUAGAUUUUACUCCUAACCAUUCACACAUACUUUCGGGAAGUCAAGAUGGGUUGUUAGCCAUUACAAGAGUAGGCAAUUGGCAGGUUGAAAAACUAUGGGCAAAAGCUCAUAAAGGUUCAGCAAUAAUAGAUAUUGCAGUACACCCAACUGGAAAGUUGGCUUUGACUUUAGGAGAUGAUUGUACAUUAAGAACUUGGAAUUUGGUAAAAGGAAGGCAAGCUUUUGCAGUCAACUUAAAAAGCAAAAGUAAAGAUCCAAAAAGUAUAUUUAAAAUAUGUUGGGCUGCUGAUGGAGUUAGGUUUAUACUGUACGGUGGAAAAUACACAGAAAUAUGGGGUACUGAAUCUGGAGGUAUACUCCAAGUAAUAGAACAUGAUGUCAAAGUUAGCAGUUGUAUUUGGUAUUCAGACAAGAAGAUAUUAGUUGGUUAUGAAGAUGGAAAUAUAAGUUUAGUUAAGUUAUCUUCAUUGAAAAAAACUAUAAAUCAAGUUCAUAAAGACAGAGUUAAAGUUUUAGCUAAAUUUGAAGACUGGAUCAUAUCAGGUUCAAGUAGUGGUGAAAUAAAAGUCUGUAAUAAAGCUCUGGAAGAAGUUAGUAAAAUAACUGUUGGGUGUAGAAUUACAUCUAUGGUUAUAAUACCUCCAAUACAAAUUAAAAAGGAAGAGGAAGUAGUUGAAACUCUGGAAAUUGAAGAUGUGGAAGAACCAGUUAAAAAAUCGAAGAAGAAAAAGAGGAGUUCACAAAUUGUUGAUGAAAUUGGUACACAACUAGUAGAAGAAAAUACUUCACCAGCCAAAAAGAAAAAGAAAAUAAAAUUUAAGUUUCUUUCCCUGCCAAUAGUGCCAAUUAGUACACAGUUUGAUUUUCGGAAUGCAGUGGGCACGAGAGAAGCUUUCUUUAGUAUACAAGUGCUAUUCCAACGAUGUAGAGACGUGAACUGCGACAUUUAUGCGUGCUUCAUUGACUACCAUAAAGCGUUGGAUACAGUAAAGCAUGACAAGCUGAUGGAGAUAUUAACCAAUAUUGGAAUAAACACCUAUGAUUUAAGAAUUGUCAGCAAUCUGUACUGGAAUCAAACAUUAUCUAUCCGGACAGAGGCAGGAGAAUCCGACGACAUCAAAAUCAAACGUAGCGUUCGUCAGGGAUGUAUACUAUCACCACUGCUGUUUAACAUAUACUCUGAGGAAAUCUUUCAAGAAGCAGUGGGUGAUGUUGAAGCCGGAAUUCGAAUCAACGGAGAAUCUAUCAAUAACAUUAGAUACGCGGACGACACGGUAGUGUUCGCUGACAGCUCUGAAACCCUCCAGGAGUUAAUGAACACAAUCACAGAGAAGGAACAGCAAUUUGGACAAAUCAGCGUAAACGGUCAACAAAGAGUAAAAACAUACACCUACCUUGAUACGAACGUCAAUGAAAAUUGGGACCAUUCCAUAGAAAUCAAAUGUAGAAUAGAGAAAGCAAGAUCUGCAUUUCAAAAAAUGGCUAAGUUAUUCAAAUGUCAUGAUUUAUCAAUGCCCAUAAAAAUCAGGUUACUACGAUGUUACAUCUUUCCUGUACUGUUGUACGGAGUUGAGUCAUGGACUCUCACAGACGCCACUUGCAAGAAAAUUGAGGCUUUUGAAAUGUGGCUUUAUCGUCGCAUCCUGAAGAUAUCGUAUACCGACCACGUUACUAAUGAGGGUGUUCUGUUUAGAAUGAAAAAUGAAAAAGAGCUGUUAACCACAAUAAAAACAGUCAAAAUCGAAUACCUCGGUCACAUCAUGAGGAAUAGCGAAAGAUAUGGACUGCUGCAACUAAUCUGA